AUGGAGUAGCGAGAACUACAAUACCCAAAAUGCCCGGUGCGCUGUAGAAAACCGUCUGCAGGUCAGCCACAAGGAAGCGUAGCGUUAAAGACAGUUAGCAGCAGAGUGAGGGCAGAACAGCUGUUUUAUUUUACAAACCGGAGUUUAAAAAAGUGCUCUUUGGGUUUUAUUUUAGGCGUGCGAAAGGUUGGAAGCAUAAAAUAACCUCGUUCAAAAUGAGCUUCUCGGUUUUCUCGUAUGAGAGUUUGGUUCAUGCUGUAUCAGGAGCAGUGGGAAGUGUGACUGCCAUGACAGUGUUCUUCCCUCUUGAUACUGCCAGACUGAGGCUACAGGUGGAUGAAAAUAGGAAGGCCCAAUCAACUCCAGCCAUUCUGGCAGAAAUUGUCAAAGAGGAAGGACUACUAGCUCCAUACCGAGGCUGGUUCCCGGUCAUUUGCAGCCUGUGUUGCUCCAACUUUGUCUAUUUCUACUGCUUCCACGGCCUCAAGGCUAGCUGGCUGAAGGGAAAGCAGUCGGCUCCAAGCACUGACUUAAUCAUAGGCAUUGUUGCAGGCGUUGUUAACGUACUGCUGACCACUCCUUUGUGGGUGGUCAACACCAGGCUGAAGCUUCAGGGUUCCAAGUUUCGCAAUGCAGACAUACGGCCCACCAACUACUCUGGCAUUCUGGAUGCAUUUGCACAGAUUAUCCGUCGCGAGGGUGUGGGAGCACUGUGGAAUGGGACCUUAACAUCCCUGCUGCUGGUGCUGAACCCCGCCAUCCAGUUCAUGAUUUACGAAGCCCUGAAGAGGCAGCUGAGGAGAGGAGUUCCCAGGGAGCUGUCAUCUGUUGAGGUCUUCAUCAUCGGCGCUGUUGCCAAAGCUGUUGCCACCACUGUUACCUACCCACUGCAGACUAUACAGUCCAUUCUCAGGUUUGGUCAGUUCAACGAGUCAACGGACGAGUCAAAACUACUGUCCAGUCUAAGGACUAUCAAGUGUCUACUGGUCAACAGAGUGAGGAAGUAUGGCAUGUUGGGUCUUUUUAAAGGCCUGGAGGCCAAGCUGCUGCAGACGGUGCUGACUGCUGCACUCAUGUUCCUUCUCUAUGAGAAGAUUGCCAGCUGCACCUUCAGAGUCAUGGGACUGAGCAGCAACCACUACAAGAAACGAUAGCUAGCUUCACAACCAUGGAUGUUUGUCCACAUUUAAAGCACUGACUGACUGUAGUGAUCACUGUUACAGACCCCCUGAUGGGGACUUAAAUUUCCAGGAAAUGUCGCUUUCUUAAAAACAGUGAAUCUUUAAUGGUGACCUUAUCCUACAAAUACUCUACCAAUAAAACACUACACGCUUUAAGUAGA